AUGGCCGAAGUCGCUGCAGGUGCUCUCGUGGCCGAGCAGGUCGUCUCGACCGGUGUCGAGGUCGGGGUCGUCGCCGCCGUGGCACGCCCGACCCAGCCUCUGAAGGUCUCCCUGUCCCAGAUCGCCACCACCCAGUCCCCCGCGUUCGAUGUCUCCGCCCUCGCACGCUCGCACCACUCGGUUACUGUCGUGAACCACAAAGCCUGCAUCUUUGGCGGCGAGGCGGCCGAUGGCCAGCUCAGCUCCACCGACUUCCACGUCCUCUCCUUGCCCUCCGUGACCAAGGGAGAGCCCGUCGCAGCCUAUGCCUGUUAUCCCGCAUUAGCGAUGCAGGACGCCGGAACCGGCGAGACGUACGUGCCCUCCCCGCGCUCCAGACACGCCGCCGCAGCACGCGGCCAGUUCGUCAUCGUCCAGGGCGGCGCCGACGCCAGCGGCAAGCCGAUCCCAGAGACGUGCCUGUGGCUGUGGGACUCGGAGAGCUUGAAGUGGACCAAGAUUGAGGGGGUGAGCCAGAUCGGCAAGAGCCUCACGCCGAGGUUCGACCACCACAUCUUCGUCGACGACGCCCAGGACUUCCUCGUCCUGCACGGCGGCCGCACAUCCAAGGGGCAGGAGGCCACUAUCGAGACCUGGAUGUACAACUUUGACACCCUCGCCUGGACGGAGCUGCCGCCGUCGCCUCAGCCGCCUCUCGCCGCCGCCUUUGUCGACAACGUCCUCUACACCGUCGGCGCCGACUCGGGCAUGAGCGGCGCCAUCCACUACCUCGACCUCAAGUCCAACGCCGAGGACCGCGAGAAGCCCAACGCCCUCGAGUGGAAGACGGCCAGCUUCCCCACGAACCCCCUGACCCCCGGCCCCCGCCCCCGCGAAGGCGGCGCCCUGGUCCCCGUCAACACCGGAGUCGGCAGGCACUACCUUGUCUACAUGUUCGGCGAGAACAGCACCUCUGCCGAGAAGGACUUCUACACCGACAUCUGGGCCCUGCAGCUGCCGACCCACGGCUUCAGUGCGGCCGCCAUCAAGGACGCCAUCCGCGACAAGCUUCCGCGCAUCGAUUCCGGCGAGUUCACCUGGGCCGAGGUAGAGCUCCUCACGGCGGAGGAGGUGAGGGCGGAAGGCAAGGCUCACCCCGGCCCUCGAGGCUUCUUCGGCGCAUACGCCGCCGAUGCGAAGAGUGUCGUCUUCUGGGGCGGCGUCAGUGCGUUGGGCAAAGAGGGCGACGGUUGGCUUCUUCAGAUUCAGUAG